GCUCAUAGAAUUCAACACCUCAGACAUACCAAGUAGAUUAAAUGUUCCACCUGCUAUAUCAAAAGGAAUCUUCUGUGUAGAGCCAUUCUUACAGUCUUUAAGACUUGUUGGUGGUACUGAAACUGAAGGAAGAUUAGUUGUCACAUCUCAAGCUGACCCGUCAACCGAUAUGCUCGUUCAUCAGCGAGAUUGGCCAAAGGAUGCAUCGCGGUUCAUCUGCAAGUAUCUAGGAUAUGAAGGUGCAUAUGCGACAGUAGGAGGAGAUCUCUUUGAGAUACCAUCCUCACCAAAUAAUUCUUAUGAUGCUGUGUCUCUAGGAUGUCCAGCUAAUAUAAAUAACGUUACUCGUUGCUGGUAUAAGCAUAUGGAACAGAAGAUCUCUUUGGACAAGAGUAUUGCUAUUGUUUGUUGUACAUCGUACAUGUGCGCCCCCCGUGGUAGUCCUCUAGGUCUAGAGAGCGGUAAAAUCAACGAUGAUGCUAUUUCAGUUUCAAGUGAGCGUAAUCAAUAUGUUGAGAAACGAGAAGUUCGUCUUAAUGGUCGCUCCGCAUGGCAACCUCUCGACGAUGACGCUGACCCUUGGGUGCAGGUUGCCUUUGAUUCCGCUUUUAUCAUCACAGCUUUUAAAACACAAGGCAGGCCAGCUUAUAAUUUCGAGUGGACGACCGCAUAUAAAGUGUCCUGCAGUAUGGACGGAACGUCAUGGAUCUUCUACCAAGAUAAAUAUACUAAUACAGACAAGGUAUUCUCAGGAAAUUACGCCAGAAGAAAUCUAGUAGAACACAGUUUCUUUACACCCAUCGUAUGUAGAUUCUUUCGUAUCCAUCCGACGAAGACCUUGGGUAAAAGAACCAUCAGGUUAGAACUCUAUGGAUACGGUCCUAUCAAUGAAUUAUUAGCUGCUAUAAACCAAGAGGAAUCUGGAUGUCCACAUCCCCUGAGAGGAAGUAAAAUGGGAGUGGAAGAUGGACGAAUCCCAGACUCUAGUCUUACUUCUUCAUCGUAUCGAAUUAUAGACGGAUUCCCCCUUUCAGCACAAAAUGGAAGAUUGAACGGCGGAAUAGAUUCUAAUAGAAACGCUUGCUGGCUAGCCGUUGUGGAUGACCCAGACAAAUGGGUGAAAAUAGAUGUUGGAAAAACCUCUCUCAUCACCGGUAUCAUUGUACAAGGGCGAUAUAUGAUGCAUCGUUGGGUGACAUCUCUGAAGGUGUCCCAUUCAUUGGAUAAUAAUACGUGGACUUUUGCUUUGGAACCACAAUGCGAACAAAAAGUCUUUCCUGCAAACUACGAUUAUGACACUCCUGUGACUAUUGUGUUCAACCAGCCACUCACUGCUCGCUAUGUCAGAAUUCACCCACUCUCAUGGCAUAGAUGGAAUGGAGACUGCGGCUUGAGAUAUGAAGUCCUUGGUAUACUAGAUUAGAAGAAUUAAGUUGAUAGCUGAAACGCUUUAAGGGUCACUCUUUUAAAAUUCAAGUCUUAUAUUACUGCAAAACCAUUAUUUUACAUUCACUUUUCCAGUAGUAUUUGAGUAUGUUUUGUAAUA